AUGAAUUAUUUGUAGGAAAAAAUAUUAAAAGAACAGACAGGUUUUGUGAAAGGGUUUGGGACUUAAGUUAAUAUAUUAGCAAUAUGUGAUAUUUUUAAAAAAACUAAGGCAGCCCAAAAAUUAAUAAUGUUAUUUAUCGAUUUCUCGAGUGCAUAUAAUACUGUUAAUCGGGAAAAAUUAUAUUAACUACUUGAAAAUAAUAAUGUAUUGGAAUAGAAUGAAGUGAAAUUUCUGAAAGCAAUACACAGUAGAAUAAUAUACAUUAACCCAUAUAAUAAAAAAGAACAAUAUUAUUAUGAAAAUGGAGUUAUUCAAGGUUCUCCUAUAUCCCCGUAACUUUUUGACAUUUAUAUGGAUGGUUUUUUAAGACAAUUGAAAUCUGCAAUUAAAUUUUCUUACUAAUUUCUUGGUUAUGCAGAUGAUUUAGUCUUUAUUGUUAAACAAUCGAAAUUAUAAUAAUUCAUUUUUUAACUAAGAAUUUAAGCAAAAGAAUGGGCAUUUAUUUUGAAUGAAAAGAAAUCUGGAAUCUUACCUAUAAAAUGGAAAAUGGUAGAAGAUAGCUAUGAUAAUUUUCCGGUUGUCAAUAACUAUAAGUACUUAGGAAUAAAGAUAGACAAUAAAGGUUAAAUAAAAUAGCAUAUUGAUGAUAUUGAAAAAAUUGUUCAAUUUAAAAUGAGUAAACUGAAAUAUGUUUCUUUUAAGAUGGAUUUUCGUUAAAGACUUCUUUUAUUUUUAAUUUAUAUUCAACCAUACUUCAACUACUGUUAAAUAAUUGAAUAGUUUUAAAACAAAUCGAUCAGAAAACGAUUUCUAAUGUUGAGGAAGAGAGCUUUUAAAAAUUUAUUAAGAUUACCAUAAAAUACAAAUAAUUUCUUAAUGGAUAGUAUUUUAAGUGUCUAUAAUAUUAAAUAAUCAUCAAAUAUCAAUAAAACAAUAAGGAAGCUGUAAGAAAGGUUGAUAGAUGUAUCCUAAUAAACUUUGAUUCAUUUAUAUGAAAAAACCAAUUAAUUAUAGAGAGAUAUAUAAGAUAUAAGAAAAAUAUAUCUAAUUCCAAAAAAUCUCUAAUAUGUGUAUAAAUUGGCUUGGACAUUCUGCAAAUCUCAUAAUAAUUCAAGAUUAACAGCAAAACAUGUAAUACUUGAACAUUUGAAUUUCUAGAGCGAAGAAGAAUUUUACACAUCAAUCAGAGAAAAUUUAAAUGAGAAUAUCUAAAAUAAAAUAGAAUAAGAUCUAUAUAAACUAAUUGAUGAACAUAUCAAAAAAAANCAAUAUUAUUUUAUUUUUAGAUUCAAUUGUUACUAUUCCUGA